AUUAAUUUAUUAUUUAUUUUUCUCUUCUUCUUCUUCUUCAUCAAUUUGUUUUUCCUUUCUUCCAUGGCUUCCUAAGCUUUCCUCUCUCUCUCUUCACCUGCAAUUUUCCUUCGAUUUUUUCUCUCUCUCUUUUUAAUUUCAGUUUCUCUUAAUCUCCUUGUCUUUGGAAAAGAAACGACAUUGGUGAAUCGUCCUGUAAUUUCAUUCGUCAGAUCGUAAUAUAAUUUUAACUUAUCCCCGCAUCAAUGAUAACUUUGUUGUUUACCUGAGUUAAUCUUCCUUCCUUUGGAUGAAGAAGGUUGGUGAUUGCUGCAGCUUGUAGAAAAGCUGCUUCUUUUGAACUAUGUUUCUAACUUUUACAACUAAUCACUCCAAACAUGAGAAGCUGUUGGUUCCUCUUUACUUCAUGCUACAGUCAACAAGAAUCAACCAGUUUAUGCAAACCAGUCUUAAAACAAUAGACACAACAACACACCUAUCAAAGGUGGAGUUUAUCAUCAGAGAUCUAUUGACCAUUCUUUUAUAAUAAUGGAAAGAUAUAAGUUUCUGGAAGAGCUUGGUGAUGGUACAUGUGGCAGUGUAUAUAAGGCUGUCAAUCUUGAAACAUAUGAAGUUGUUGCUGUUAAGAAGAUGAAGCGAAAGUUUUAUUAUUGGGAAGAGUGCAUGAAUCUGCGAGAAGUAAAGGCUCUUCGUAAGCUAAACCAUCCUCACAUCAUAAAGUUGAAGGAGAUUGCGAGGGAACAUAACGAGCUUUUCUUCAUCUUUGAGUGCAUGGAUCACAAUCUAUACCAAAUAAUGAAAGAAAGGGAACAAAGACCUUUCUCUGAGGGAGAGAUAAGAAGUUUCAUGUCUCAGAUGCUUCAAGGCCUCUCACACAUGCAUAAAAAUGGUUACUUCCAUAGAGACCUGAAACCAGAGAAUUUGCUGGUGACCAACAACAUCCUGAAAAUUGCUGACUUUGGACUGGCUAGAGAAGUUGCAUCUAUGCCUCCUUAUACUGAAUAUGUGUCUACACGUUGGUAUCGAGCUCCAGAAGUUUUACUACAGUCUUCCUCAUACACUCCUGCAGUUGGUACUUUCUCAAAAAUCUUUUUCUGCUUCAUCACUUUACAAUAUAGUUUAACAUUUAAAAUAACUGCAGACAUGUGGGCAGUGGGGGCAAUAUUAGCUGAGCUUUUCGCUAUUUCUCCCUUAUUUCCUGGUGAAAGUGAGAUAGAUCAACUAUACAAGAUUUGCUCUGUUCUUGGCAAGCCUGACUGGACCACAUUUCCUGAAGCAAAAAGCAUAUCUCGGAUCAUGAGCAUUAGCCACACAGAGUUUCCUCAAACAAGGAUUGCUGAUCUACUCCCCAAUGCUUCCCCUGAAGCUAUUGAUUUGAUCACUAGACUUUGCUCAUGGGAUCCAUUGAAACGACCCACUGCUGAUGAGGCGCUAAACCAUCCCUUCUUCAAUAUGGCUACGCAGGCUUCUUAUCCUCUACAUGACCUUGAGUUGAGGCUUAACACCAUGGCGGAGAUGCCUAACCUUGAGCUUAACCUCUGGGACUUCAACACAAAACAAGAUGAAUGUUUUCUCGGCUUGACCCUGGCUGUAAAACCAAGUGCUCCUAAACUAGAAAUGGUCUGCAAUGCAUCUCAGGACAUGAGUGAGAACUUUCUCUUUUGCCCUAUGGUUAACAAUGAUCGUGAACCAUCAGUUUUCUGGUCUCUGCUCUCCCCUGAUGAAAACCGCGUCCACGCACCUGUUGAAUCAUGUCCUCUAUCUCUGUCCUUCAGUCCAGUGCAGCAACACACAAGCGUGGGACCUCCACCACAGUCAACAACAGGGUUCACCAUGGGAUCAUCAAUGCAACCGAACAUGUUGGACCGCCCAUGGAUGGCUGUGUCUGCGCCGUUUCAACAAACUCAUUACCUCUGAUCUUACUUAAUCCAUAAUACCUACUAAGAAAAAGUAAAUAACACAGAGGUUUGUCAGUUAAAAGAAGAUAGAGAAGAAAAAAACAAACAGAGAGGAGGUUGUAGAUUUUGCCUGUCACCUUAUUAUUCUCUGAUUUGUAAAGAUUGGGGGUGUUUUAGGUGACUUUAAUUUUCUCCCAGAGCUUGAACUUAAAUCAUUAACUAUUUUAUCCAUUCUUGAGAACCGACAAGUCUCCCUUUUGUGUAAUAUAUAUAUUAUAAAUGAGAUAAUUGCUUUUUUUUUU